AUGUCUGUACUCACUCGCUGUGCUGGUCGAGUGGAGGUUCUUCACAGAGGUCAGUGGGGAACAGUGUGUGGUGAUGGCUGGGAUUUGGCUGAUGCUGCAGUGGUGUGUAGAGAGCUGGACUGUGGAGAACCUGUAGAUGCUCUGAGUGAUGCUCAUUUUGGAUCAGGAUCAGGACCAAUCUGGAUGAAUUAUGUCAUGUGUACUGGAUCAGAGUCUACACUGAAGGACUGUGGGUCAUUGGGCUGGGGUAAAAGUAGAUGUGAUCAUUCUAAAGAUAAUGGAGUUAUCUGCUCAGAAGUCAGGUUGGUUGGAGAUUCUCGCUGCUCUGGGAGGUUAGAGAUCCUUCAUAAUCAGACGUGGAUGUCAGUGUGUGAUGCUGUCUUUGACCAGCAGGAUGCAGAGGUUGUGUGUAGAGAGCUGGACUGUGGGGCUCCUGUACAGGUGCUGGGAGCAGCUGCUUUUGACAAAGGGGACACUCAGAUGUGGACACAACAGAUUCAGUGCAGAGGAAAUGAGUCUCAGAUUCAUCUCUGUCCAACAUCACUAUCAGUCCAAAGCAGCUGUUUUCAUGAGCACACCAUUUACUUAACGUGUUCUGAGAUAAGGAAUGUGAGGUUGGUUGGUGGUCACAGUCGCUGUGCUGGUCGAGUGGAGGUUCUUCACAGAGGUCAGUGGGGAACAGUGUGUGGUGCUGGCUGGGAUAUGGCUGAUGCUGCAGUGGUGUGUAGAGAGCUGGAUUGUGGAGAACCUGUAGAUGCUUUGUAUGUUGCUCGUUUGGAACCUGGAUCAGGACCGAUGGGUUUACAAGAGAUUCAUUGUACAGGAAAUGAAUCUAAGAUUCACCUCUGUCCAAUGUCACCAUCAAAUGAAAACAACUGUUCUAAUGUUGGACUAGUGUGUGCAGACUUAAUUAAUGUGAGGUUAGUUGGUGGUCACAGUCGCUGUGCUGGUAGAGUGGAGGUUCUUCAUAGAGGUCAGUGGGGAACAGUCUGUGAUAUUGGUUGGGAUAUGGCUGAUGCUGCGGUGGUGUGUAGAGAGCUUGACUGUGGAGAACCUGUCGAUGCUCUGGGUGAUGCUCAUUUUGGACCUGGAUCAGGACCAAUCUGGACAAAUCGCUCAACAUGUAUUGGAUCAGAGUCUACAUUGAAGAAUUGUGGGUCAGUAGAAUGGGGUGUUUAUGAUUGCGAUCAUACUAAAGAUGCGGGAGUCAUCUGCUCAGGCCUCAGGCUGACAAAAAACUCUAGUUGCUCUGGGAGAGUUGAGAUACUUCAUGAUCAGACAUGGAUAUCAGUGUGUGACGCUGUCUUUGACCAGCAGGAUGCAGAGGUUGUGUGUAGAGAGCUGGACUGUGGGGCUCCUGUACAGGUGCUGGGAGCAGCUGCUUUUGACAAAGGAGACACUCAGAUGUGGACACAAGAGAUUCAGUGCAGAGGAAAUGAGUCUCAGAUUCACCUCUGUCCAACAUUACCAUCACAUGAAAACAACAGUUCACAUGACAACUACCAGGGUAUGCUAUGUACUGAUAAAAAAAAUGUGAGGUUAGCUGGUGACAACAGUCGCUGUGCUGGUCGAGUGGAGGUUCUUCAUAGAGGUCAAUGGGGAACAGUGUGUGAUCUUGGUUGGGAUAUGGCUGAAGCUGCAGUGGUGUGUAGAGAGUUGGACUGUGGAGAACCUGUAGAUGCUCUGAGUGAUGCUCAUUUUGGAUCAGGAUCAGGACCAAUCUGGAUGAGUCUUGUGUUAUGUACUGGAUCAGAGUCUACACUGAAGAACUGUGGGUCAUCAGGAUGGAGCAAACAUGAAUGUACUCACAGUUCUGAUUCUGGAGUCAUCUGUGAUAAACCUUCCAGACUUGUUAAUGGAUCUCAUCUAUGCGCUGGGAGAUUAAAGAUAAUGGAUGAUCAGACGUGGAUGUCAGUGUGUGACGCUGUCUUUGACCAGCAGGAUGCAGAGGUUGUGUGUAGAGAGCUGGACUGUGGGGCUCCUGUACAGGUGCUGGGAGCAGCUGCUUUUGACAAAGGAGACGCUCCGAUGUGGACACAAGAAAUUCAGUGCAGAGGAAAUGAAUCUCAGAUUUCAUUUUGUUCAUUAUCAUCAUCAACAAACAGAACUGCAGCAGUGACAACAUUGUGGAACUGGUCUGCUCUAGUUAAGUAUCAAUAUUCAGGGUCUUUUCAUUUUAUUUUUAAAUUAAGCAUUUCUUUGUCAACUGGAUUAUACUUUAUAUUUUCUAUCUUCAGGUUACUUUAUUCAGAUCUCAGACUAAAAAACGGUUCAGAUUCUUGUUCUGGAAGAGUGGAGGUUCAGUUUCUCAAUGAGUGGGGCACAGUGUGUGAUGCAUGCUGGGAUAUAAGAGCCACCAGUGUCCUCUGUAGACAGCUGAAUUGUGGGAUUGCUGUGUCUGUUGUGGGAUCAGACUGGUUUGGAGAGGGUAGUGGUGAAAUCUGGGCUGAUGUGUUUGAUUGUGACGGGAAUGAAACAAAACUCUCAGAAUGUUCCAUCUCUUCAUGGAGUCGAGCUGAAUGUUCUCAUAGACGAGAUGUUGGAGUCAUCUGUCGGGGGUCCAUCAGGAUGGUGGGUUCUGGGGGAGACUGUGCAGGGAGGCUGGAGGUUUUUCACAAUGGCUCAUGGGGGACAGUGUGUGAUGACUCCUGGGAUAUUAAAGAUGCUCAUGUGGUGUGCAGACAGCUGCAGUGUGGAGUGGCCCUCAGUAACCAGCCGGUACCAGCCUGGUUUGGUCCUGGUUCUGGACACAUAUGGCUGGAUGAGGUGGAGUGUGAGGGGAAUGAGACGUCCCUGUGGAGCUGCUCUUCUUCAGGCUGGGGAAAACAUGAUUGUCAACACAAGGAGGAUGUAGGAGUUGUGUGCUCAGGCAAUGUGAGGUUGGUUGGUGGUAUCAGUCCCUGUUCUGGUAGAGUGGAGGUUUUUCAUAAAGGUCAGUGGGGAACGGUGUGUGAUGAUGGCUGGGAUAUGACUGAUGCUGAAGUGGUGUGUAGAGAGCUGGACUGUGAAAAACCUUCACGUGCAGUUGGCGUUGCUCACUUUGGACAAGGAUCAGGAAAAAUCUGGAUGGAUGAAGUAAAGUGUACUGGAUCAGAGACAACACUGAAGAAAUGUAAAACAAAAGGAUGGGGUGACAAUAACUGUGAUCAUAAGGAAGAUGCUGGAGUCUUCUGCAAAGGUCGCCUCCCCAGUCUAGUAAAUGGGUCUCAUCAUUGUGCUGGGAGGUUAGAGAUACUUCAAACAAAGACGUUGAUGUCAGUGUGUGACGCUGUCUUUGACCAGCAGGAUGCAGAGGUUGUGUGUAGAGAGCUGGACUGUGGGGCUCCUGUACAGGUGCUGGGAGCAGCUGCUUUUGGCAAAGGAGAUGCUAAGAUUUGGAAAGAAGAGAUUCAGUGCAGAGGAGACGAAUCACACAUUGAAUUAUGUUCUACAUCCAACUCUUCACAUAAACACUGUUCCCAUGAAAAUGCUGUAGGAUUAAUAUGCUCUGGUUACACUGAUCUCAGGCUGGUAAAUGGUUCAGACUCUUGUUCUGGUCGAGUCGAACGUCAGUACUUCAGUAAAUGGGGCACAGUGUGUGAUGCAUGCUGGGAUAUGAGAGCUGCCAGUGUUCUCUGUAGACAGCUGAAUUGUGGGAUUGCUGUGUCUGUUUUGGGAUCAGACUGGUUUGGAGAGGGAAGUAGUGAAAUCUGGGCUGAUGUGAUUGAUUGUGAUGGGAAUGAAACCAAACUCUCAGAAUGUUCCAUCUCUUCAUGGAGUCGAGCUGAAUGUUCUCAUAGACGAGAUGUUGGAGUCAUCUGCUCUAAUUCCUCUCUGGCUCUUCAUGACGGUCUGGUGCGGUUGUCUGGAGAGAGACAGUGUGAGGGGGAGGUGGAAGUUUUCAUCCAUCAGGUCUGGAGGAGAGUUCUGCUGGACUCCUGGAGUCUCUCUGAAUCCUCUGUGGUCUGCAGACAGCUGGGCUGUGGCUCUGUGCUGAACUUCUACAGCUCCUCUUCAUCCAGUCCUGAACACAGUCAUGAGUGUGUGACGGGCUUCCAGUGCUCUGGGAGUGAAGCUCAUCUGGGGAACUGCAGCUCUCCACAAACUCUCAACUGCAGCUCCACACAACAGCUGUCAAUCACCUGCAUCGGUGAGAAGAACAACAUCUGGACAGAUUCUUCAGUUGUUCGUCGGGGGUCCAUCAGGCUGGUGGGUUCUGGGGGAGACUGUGCAGGGAGGCUGGAGGUUUUUCACAGCGGCUCAUGGGGGACAGUGUGUGAUGACUCCUGGGAUAUUAAAGAUGCUCAUGUGGUGUGCAGACAGCUGCAGUGUGGAGUGGCCCUCAGUAACCAGCAGGUACCAGCCUGGUUUGGUCCUGGUUCUGGACACAUAUGGCUGGAUGAGGUGGAGUGUGAGGGGAAUGAGACGUCCCUGUGGAGCUGCUCUUCUCCAGGCUGGGGAAAACAUGACUGCAUACACAAGGAGGAUGUAGGAGUCGUGUGCUCAGAGUUUAAAGAGAUCAGGUUAACUGAGGGCUGUCAAGGGAAUCUGGAGGUUUUCUACAAUGGAUCCUGGGGUAAUGUGUGCUGGAACCAGAUGGACAGAGACACAGCGAGUCUGAUCUGUCAAGAGCUGAACUGUGGAAGAUCUGGCAGUGAACCCAGUAAUUCAGAGGGACUUAGAUCUACUCCUAAUUGGUUAGAUCUUCUUAUAUGUCGAAAAGAUGACAAAACUUUGUGGCAGUGUCCAUCUUUACCCUGGGGCCAGAACAGCUGUUAUGAAAAUGAGGUGGCCAAUAUCAUUUGCUCUGAGAAAGAGAUUCCUGAGUCUACACAGAGUCGUCCGACAUGUUCAGCAUCUCCUCACCAGAGACAGUGUUCAAACUAUCUUCCUCUCAGACUGAGUGGAGGGGACGGCCGGUGCUCUGGGAGGCUGGAGGUGUAUCAUAACACUGUGUGGGGCUCAGUCUGUGAUGAUCACUGGGACAUCAGCGAUGCUCAGGUGGUCUGCAGGCAGCUGGGUUGUGGAGCAGCACUGAGGGCUGAUAGGAAUUCAGUCUUUGGUGCUGGUGAAGGUGUUGUGUGGAUGAACAAAGUCGAGUGCAGAGGGAAUGAGAUUCACCUAUUUAUCAGAUGUGUCAGUGUCCACUACUCCUGCCACAACAUCGUCAGCUUCUCCUCCAGUUUCUCCUCCAGUGCGCUCCACAUCAGUCUCUCCUCCACAAACUCCUCAACCAGUGUCUUCCCCAGUGCUUGUGAUUGUUCUGGGAGUUGUGCUCUUACUGCUCUUAGUGCCACUGCUUAUACUGAUUCAGCAGAACAGAGUGAUGAGGAGAGGUAG